AAAGUGGGUGGUUGAGUCAGUGGCUGAGCGCUCCCGUCCCACUCCGUAGACAUCACCGUGCUCUACCGACUCCCGCCGGAUCCGUGACUGACCGCGCUCUGGACCAAAGAAGCGAGGCUCGAGAGGCGGGGUUUAUGCAAAUGAGGCGCAGUGAGGAGACGCUCGAGCUUCAGUGAGACAGGGACGAGGACUUUGUGAACACCACUUUCUUUCAUCUUUCGUCGAUAAAAAAAUCAUCGCAACAUGGCUUCAAAGUGCCCCAAGUGUGACAAGACUGUGUAUUUUGCUGAGAAGGUGUCAUCUCUGGGGAAGGACUGGCAUAAGUUCUGUCUGAAGUGUGGCCGCUGUAACAAAACCCUGAACGCAGGGGGACAUGCUGAGCAUGAUGGGAAGCCCUUCUGCCACAAACCAUGCUAUGCUGCCCUCUUUGGACCAAAAGGUGUGAACAUUGGGGGAGCAGGGUCCUAUGUGUAUGAAUCCCCCAUCAGCAAUAAUCUAGCCUGUACUGACUUGGACGCCCCCCCCAAGCCUGCUGAGGAGAAGAAAGUGUUUGCACCCAGGGCACCUGUCAAAGCUUCCAGCAUCACCACCUUCUCUGGUGAGGCCAACCUGUGUCCCAGGUGCAACAAGAAGGUCUACUUUGCUGAGAAGGUGACGUCCCUAGGGAAGGACUGGCAUCGGCCCUGUCUCCGCUGUGAGAGGUGCAGCAAGACCCUGGCCGCUGGCAGCCACGCAGAGCAUAAUGGCCAGCCAUACUGCCACAAGCCAUGCUAUGCUUGUCUCUUUGGACCCAAAGGAGUGAACACUGGAGGUGUAGGCAGCUACAUCUAUGAGAAGGAGGUCAGCACAGAGGCCCAACCCUGAGCUACUGCAGUCUGUCCCAUCCCCAGCCUCAACCUGAGCUCUCCAAUACUAAUAACACAAUCCAACACAGUAUUAUUAACACUAGGCUUUAGCCCCUAUAGCUCCUUCUAUAAGCAGCCCUGAGAGACCCAAGGCCUCUCUUCCAGCUCCUCUAGCUCCUCCCAUUUAACCCCUGACCCCAGAUAUUACACCACCUGGCCAAGCCCACCUCAGCCUCCUAGCACUGCAGUCCUCUAAUAUACACUACCUGACCAAAAGUAUGUGGACACCUCUCGUCGAUUCCAAACUCAUAGGAAUUAAUAUGAAGUUGGUCCCCCCUUUGCUGCUAUAAAAGCCUCCACUCUUCUGGGAGGGCUUUCCACUAGAUGUUGGAACAUUGCUGCAGGUACUUGCUUCCAUUCAGCCACAAGAGCAUUAGUGAGGUCGGGCACUGAUGUUGGGCGAUUAGGCCUGGCUUGCCGUUUGCAUUCCAAUUCAUCCCAAAGGUGUUUGAUGGGGUUGAGGUCAGGACUCUGUGCAGGCCAGUCAAGUUCUUCUACACCGA